AUGUCUCCAAAAACUGUCUUGGUCACAGGAAUUAGCGGCUUCGUUGGGUCGCACGUAGCUAAGGCCUUUUUAGACCGAGACUGGAUCGUAGUAGGUACAGUGCGCUCAGCCAAAAAGGGAGAUGAUCUGCUCCGCCAGCCUGCUUUCGCGAAAGCCGCCGAAGAGAAACGCAUACGCUAUGUAGUUGUUGAGGACCUUGUCAGCUCAGAUUUCCGCCCAGCAAUGGAAGGUGUCGAUGCCCUAGCACAUACCGCGAGUCCUUUUCAUUUCGAUGGGAAAAAUUUUGCGGACUACGCCGAGCCUGCCAUCAAAGGUACAUCCAACGUCCUAGAAGCGGCAAAGGAGUUCAGUCAGAUCAAAGCCGUAGUGGUCACGUCUUCUUUUGUAGCGAUUGUCAAUCGUGAACCUCCAACACAACAAGCUCAUAGGGUAUACACCGAAGAGGACUGGCUUCCCAUUGGAUACGAGGAAGCCGAAGCCCAAACUAACCCUGGUGUAUGGUAUUGUGCAUCGAAGAAAUUUGCCGAAAUGAAAGCUUGGGAAAUCAAGGAGAGCGGCGCAUCAUGGAGUAUGGCAACAAUUUGCCCACCCAUGAUCUUUGGACCGGUCAUUCACACCACAGCUCUCAAUAGCCUCAACGAGUCCUCCGGUCAAUUAUACCGGCUGUUAUCGGGCCAAACCAAUCAAGGAGAAAUCCCAGAAACCGUAUUCCCUGCCUGCUCGGAUGUUUGUGAUGUAGCAGAAGCUCAUGUGGAAGCUAUCAUUCAACAAUCCACCGGGCGAUUUCUCGUCUCUUCGUCCGAAUACGAUAAUCAGAGGGUGGUUGACUUUAUCCGUGAGCGAUUCCCCGAAGCUUCCGGUAGAGCUCCCAUCGGAAAUCCUGGGAAACAUUACCUUCGCGAAGACAUCUAUCAAUUGGAUCCGAAGAAGGCUGUGAAUACCUUUGGUCUCAAAAUCAAAACAUUCGAUCAAGUCUUUGGCGAUACCAUCCAGCAAUAUUUGGAAAUAGAAAAGGCUUCAGUAGCAGUAUGA